GGGGAGAGCCGCGAAGCGACAGCCAUUGGUCGGCCGCGCUGGCGUCUCUGCGGGAGGAGAGCUCCGAUUGGCUGCGGCGGGGCUGGCCGAGAGAAAAAAGGAGUAAAGAAUGAAUGGGGAGGGGGAGAGUAAUUCCGCCCAUUUAGAACGUUGAUACAUUCUAACUUUUUCUUCCUUUCCCCCCCCCCUCCUCUUUCAUCUCCCCUCCUUCGCUGUGUCUUCCCGGCACUGGUUACUUUCACACCAGACUCCGGGAGCGGCAGCGGCGGCGGCUGGAGCCGGCUGCUUCGCUGCUCGGUGUGCGCGCGUUUGGCCACGGGUUCAAGCCCAGGUGGGGAAGCCAGCUGUAGCCCGCGCGCCUCUCUUUUAGUUUUUCCUCCUUUCUUGGGCUUUUCAGAUUUUUAUUUUUAACCUUCCCUGCUGCAUUUCCGUAAGAAGGCAGAGGUGAAUCGAAUGGACCACCAACCCACCCCCAGGAGCUGCAGCCGGGGGCCCCCAGCCUGCGACACUGUCCAGAGUGACCCUCCUAUGAAUGUUUUCAUUCACACGACCACCGGGGCCCGGUAUGAGCUCUCUGUCCCCGUGGAAGAGACGGUGGAAGGUCUGAAGAGGAGGCUGUCUCAGAAGCUUAAAGUCCCCAAGGAACGGCUGGCUCUCUUACAUAAAGAAAGUCGGCUGAAUUCAGGCAAGCUGCAAGAUUUGGGGGUCGGAGAAGGGAGCAAGCUGACUUUGGUGCCCACGGUGGAAGCUGGCUUGAUGUCUCAAGCAUCCAGGCCAGAACAGUCGGUGAUGCAAGCGUUAGAAAGUUUAACCGAAACUCAGGGGUCCCCAACCCCCGGUCUGUGGACCGGCACCGGUCCGCAGCAUGCCAGCAAGCGGGCCACACAAACGAACAAAGCUCCGUCCUCGGGAUGCAGGCAGUAUUCAAAACCACACCCCCUCUGGUCCGCGGAAAAAACGUUCUCCAUGGCACCAGUCCCUGAUGCCCAAAAGGUAAACGACUUCCUGUCCGGGAGGUCCCCCCUGACCCUUGCCCUGAGGGUGGGCGAUCACAUGAUGUUUGUCCAGCUGCAGCUGGCAGCUCAGCAAAACAGCGGGCAGCUCCAGCAUCGCCACGUGAUUGCCAGCCGCGGAGAACAAGCUGGAGGCUCCACACCCGCCGCGGCCGGACCAGCUGCUUCCAGUUGCCGCACCCUCCCUGGGAGCAGCCCCGCCUCCCCCACUUUUGCCCGGCUCCCCACGGCGCCCGCUUGCCCGCCAAGCCCUGUGCCCAGUCCUGCUGCUUCUCCGUCACCAAUGCAGACUAUGCCUCUCUACUGUACCACCGCUAACCCGACACCCGUCACGGCAGGGAUGUUCCAUUCACAUGGAGCCAGCGCACAGACAGUCAACGGAGGGGGGAGCGGCAGCGUCAUGUCUUCGUGUUCAGAGGUAGACUGCGCCUCAAGAAGUAAAAGUUCGCCCAGCACCAGCCCCACACAGGCCUCUCGGACCCGCAAACAUGGCGCUGUGAUAGAAAGCUUUGUUAACCACGCCCCUGGGGUUUUUUCGGGAACGUUUUCUGGCACUUUGCACCCCAACUGCCAAGACAGCAGCGGGAGGCCACGCCGAGACAUCAGCACCAUCCUGCAGAUCCUCAACGACCUCCUGAGUGCCACGCGGCACUACCAGGGCAUGCCCCAGUCGCUGACGCAGCUGCGGUGCCAGACGCAGUGCUCCUUGUCCACCCCUUCCCUGGAUCUCAACAACCACACUACCUCAGAAAGAACGGCAGCUGCUGCUAACCAGCCCUUGCACUUGGGGGUCCAGUGCCCAAGCCAAGCAGCCACUUGCAAACCCACUGGCGACCGCUUGCGCCAGACGGAGAACCGCGCCACCCGUUGCAAAGUGGAACGCCUGCAGCUUUUGAUGCAGCAAAAACGGCUGCGCCGGAAGGCAAGGAGGGACGCCCGGGCCCCUUACCACUGGCUGCCCAAUCGAAAAUCUGGCCGCAACAGCAGUGUUUCCAGUGAAGGCAGCCUUGAUCUAGACUUCGAAGAUUCAGUUUGGAAACCCGAAGUCAAAGCGGACAUGAAAUCCGAAUUUGUCGUAGCAUAAAAAAUAAUAAACCUUGAGUAGGGGGAAAAUGGCAUC